AUGACGUGUAGAUCGCUGCUGCGAUGCGCCCUGCGAGGUCGCUUACCUGCACCCUCUCGCCCGAUAUAUCGGAGUCCGACUCAACGAGCUCCUCUUCGGUCGUAUGCGACGUCGGUGGCCGCCGCGGAUCUCAAGUUCGGCCAGCCAUUGCACGAGACACACCCCCAUAUCCUCAAUCCCGGAGAACUCACGCCCGGGAUAACCGCCCUGGAAUAUGCCCAUCGCCGCUCCCGACUCGCCAAUAAGCUACCCAAGGGCGCAGUUGCAGUGCUGGCCGCGUCCGAGGUCAAGUACCGUGCUCCGGGCAUCUUCCAUGAGUACCGGCAAGAGUCCAAUUUCUACUACCUGACAGGAUUCAACGAACCGAAUGCUCUGGCGGUUAUCGCGAACGACGGAUCCUGCAACAAUCACAUCUUCCAUCUCUAUGUGCGCGAGAAAAAUCCCAAGGCGGAGCUCUGGGAUGGGGCCCGGUCCGGCACUCGAGCGGCCGUGGACGUCUUCAAUGCGGACGAAACCGGAGACAUCGAACAAAUCGGUGAGAUUCUUCCGAAGAUCCUCAGCGAAGCUACCGAGGUUUUCUCCGACAUCCCCACGUUUGACGGCUCGAGGUCGACUCUGCAUCGCUUUCUAUACGGACCGACAGUUGCAUCAGAGAAGCUGAAGAAAUUUGUCGACCACCGAAAGGUCAAGCCGCUGAAGGGGAUGUUGAAUGAGAUGAGGGCGUUCAAGAGCGAAAAUGAAGUGGUGCAUAUGCGUCGACUGGGCCAAGCGUCUGGCCGCGCCUUCACCGAGUCCAUGCGGCAUGAUUUCGACGGAGAAAAAGAUCUGUGCUCGUUCCUGGAGUACCAGUUCAAAGUAAAUGGCUGCGAUACCAGCGCGUUCGUCCCCGUCGUCGCUGGUGGCUCUAAUGCCCUGAGUAUUCAUUACACGAGGAACGACGAUCUCCUACGAGAUGGAGAUCUGAUUCUGGUUGAUGGUGGCGGCGAACUAGGUGGCUAUAUCUCCGAUAUCACCAGGACAUGGCCCGUCAAUGGGAAAUUCACUGCGCCGCAACGGGAUCUCUACAACGCUGUGCUCAAUGUCCACCGAACUUGUCUCGCUCUAUGUCGAGAAAGCUCGAAGCUUACUUUGGAUAAGCUGCACGGAAUUGCCGAGAAUGGGCUCAAGGACCAGCUACAGCAGCUUGGCUUCGAUGUCUCAGGAACUGCUAUGACGACUCUUUUCCCGCAUCACUUGGGACACUAUAUUGGUCUGGAUGUUCAUGACUGCGCUGGCUAUUCCCGGGGUUAUGAACUGAAGGCGGGCCAAUGUAUCACGAUCGAACCCGGUAUCUAUGUUCCCGACGACGACCGAUGGCCUGCACACUUCCGUGGCAUUGGCAUUCGCAUCGAGGAUAGCGUGUGUGUUGGUGACGACCAUCCGAUUGUGUUGACUACGGAGGCAGUUAAAGAGGUCGAUGACAUCGAAGCCCUGCGGUCAUAG